GAUUUAAGCUACCGUCCAUCUUCAGCUACAUUACAGUGAGCGAGCCUAUCGAAAAGAAAACACAUUUUGGAAGUAAAGAAGACUUUCUGGAAUAAGUUUUGGCUUUAUUUGAAAUAAGAAAAACGCAUUCCCAUACCCUAGCUGACUUUUUGACAGACGGAAUGUGGACAUUGUCGUAGUCAGAGCCAUGGCUGACAAGAGAAAACUUCAAGGUGAAAUCGACAGAUGUUUGAAAAAAGUAGCUGAGGGCGUAGAACAAUUUGAAGAUAUUUGGCAAAAGCUCCAUAAUGCUGCCAAUGCAAACCAGAAGGAAAAAUAUGAGGCUGACCUCAAGAAAGAGAUUAAAAAACUACAGCGAUUGAGAGAUCAGAUAAAAACAUGGGUGGCCUCCAACGAGAUCAAAGACAAAAGGCAGCUAGUUGAGAAUCGCAAACUUAUAGAGACGCAAAUGGAACGGUUCAAAGUGGUGGAACGUGAAACAAAAACAAAAGCGUACUCUAAAGAAGGCUUGGGGCUUGCUCAGAAGGUGGAUCCAGCUCAGAGAGAAAAGGAAGAGACGGGCCAGUGGCUAACAAAUACAAUAGACACACUCAACAUGCAGGUGGAUCAGUUUGAGAGUGAAGUGGAAUCUCUUUCUGUCCAGACGCGAAAGAAGAAGGGCGACAAAGAGAAACAAGAUCGUAUUGACGAGCUCAAGCGGCUGAUUGAGAGGCACAGAUUCCACAUUCGCAUGUUGGAGACCAUCCUACGAAUGCUGGACAACGACUCUGUGCCGGUGGAUGCCAUUCAAAAGAUCAAGGAUGAUGUGGAGUAUUACAUCGAUUCCUCCCAAGACCCGGACUUUGAAGAGAACGAGUUUCUGUAUGACGACUUGGACCUGGAAGACAUACCCGCAUUAGUCGCAACUUCUCCGUCAGGUCAGGGAAAUGUGGAAGACGACUUGUAUCUCCACUCUAGCAGCACUCCCACCUCUACCACGUCGUCUUCACCGAUCCCUCCAUCUCCAGCCACUUGCACUGCUGAGAACUCAGAGGACGAUAAGAAAAGGGGACGGUCGACGGACAGUGAAGUUAGUCAGUUUCAGUCACCCGUGAAGAACGGCACCCCAUCCCUUCAGUCGUCUUUCUCAUCUUCCACCACCUCUGGGUCCUCCUCGUCCUCUUCCCUCAUAUCCAUGGCGAGCGUAGUCGGAGGCGUUCCCGCGGUUCCCAUGAGCAGCACUCUCAUAGGAAGUUUCAGCAGCGCAGUACAGCAGCAUCAGCAUCAAUCUGCACAACAGCAGCAACAACCUCAGCAAUCAAACCAAUCGCAGCAGCAGCCACCUCAGACUAAACCCUCUGUUCCUUCAAACAACACCCCCAGCCCGCCCAGCAACCCUCUCCUCCCAACAUCCACCGCCCCAUCUCUAACCGCAUCCAGCACGCCCAGCUCGUCAGCUCCCCACUCUCAGACUCAGCCCACACCUGGGCCUACCUCCAUAUCUAGUUUGGGUCUGGGGCUGGAUUUACGAAAAGGUGGCCUCACCGGGACCAGCAGUGCCAACCAAAUGCCAAGUUUAGGUUUGACUGGCCACGCUACUCCUUUAAACACAAUGGCAGGCCUCAUUUCAGGGUCCACGUCUGUCCUUUAUGCUCACGCAGCGGCAUCUGGAGGUUUGGGGCUGAGCAGCACUACUCAGUCCAGUAUUUUACCCGAGAGCAGCACUUCCACGUCCACCUCCGGCUCCAGCGGAGUCACCACCAACGGAGCGGCGUCGGGGCUUUCUUUGCUAGGCUCCAGCCCAGCCCACAACUCUCUGAGUGGGAGUAUUUUGAAUCUGGUCCCAGGACAGGGCGUGACCCCUGCUACCUCUCAGGUGCCACCCACUUCUGUCAGCUCUACAGCAGGAGUAGCUGGCAGGAUGGCCGGGAAUGGAGGAAGCGUCGGUGUGGUGGGGUCAGUGGGAGGGAAUGCUGCUCCCGCUAGACCACCGAGUGGACUGAAACAAAACGGAAGCACAAGUUACAGCGCCGUAGUGGCAGAGAGCUCCACAGAAUCAGCUCUGAGCACACCCAGCCAGUCACAAAACAGCCAGCCCUCGUCCCUCAGCUCAAACAGCCAGCCGAUGGACAAUGGUCCCAGUUUAAUCAGCUCCAUCACCCUGCCCCCCAGCUCUCCAUCCCCCUCGUUCUCAGACAGUACACCUGGCGGAGGGAGUCUUCUUAACGGCCCCCACCCGUACACGCAGCAGUCCGAGCCCCUCGAGCCUCCCAAAGGUCUCAGUUCUCUGAAGGCGAUAGCUCAGAGGGCAGCGCUCGGAUCGAGUCACGAUGGAGACAUUCCCAACCUCCAUGUGACCGACAGAGGCCUAAACGAUAUCUUCUCUGGUUCAUCAGCAGCACCGGGCACACCCACCGCCCCUCAGCCCUCGUCGGAGGUCAGCAUCCCUCCAUCACUCGGGGUCUGUCCACUGGGCCCGACUCCUCUCCCCAAAGACCAGCUCUACCAGCAGGCGAUGCAAGAAGCUGCGUGGACACACAUGCCACACCCCUCCGACUCUGAGCGAAUCAGGCAAUACCUGAUGAGGAAUCCAUGUCCCACAUUGCCCUACCAGCAUCAGGUACCACCACACCACUCUGACACCAUAGAGUUCUACCAGAGGCUGUCCACAGAAACUCUGUUCUUUAUCUUCUACUACCUGGAGGGCACCAAGGCUCAGUAUCUGUCUGCCAAGGCGCUGAAGAAACAAUCGUGGAGGUUUCACACCAAGUAUAUGAUGUGGUUUCAGAGGCACGAGGAGCCCAAGACGAUCACUGACGAGUUUGAACAGGGCACUUACAUUUACUUUGACUAUGAGAAAUGGGGCCAGAGGAAGAAGGAGGGGUUCACCUUCGAGUACAGGUACCUCGAAGACAGAGACUUGCAGUGACGCAGAGAGGACGCGAAAAGGACGGAGGGACAGACGAACCGUGCUGCUGUUGACAUUCCGAGACUGAACUCCAAAACUGUGGAUAGAGAUUGUGAUGUGUAGUAGAAAUCCUCUCCUGAAGCGGAGACUGGCGUCUGUAUAGGCUGCGUCUCGGCGUGAAGCGCCUAGCUCCUCGUGUAGUGCUUUGCUUGUUGACAACGCCCCGUGGGUCUGAUCAAACACGCCGCGCUGCACGAGCUGGGAAGGCUCUCGUUGGGGAUCUGCGUUUGUGCCUGUCUGUGUGCACACUCGGUAUGUGGCAUUAGGAAAGCCUACCCCAUGCAUGGUUUUUUUUUUUCCUCCCCUUCUCCUCUCUUUUCCGUUUCCACACGAUUCUGUUCCACCUACCCAACACGAGCCUGGAAGUCUUCGACUUGACACAAAACAACCUUGAAUCUGACCGUUAAGGUGCCCAUCUUGUAUUUUCUGUAUGUUGGUGGUUUAGAACGGGGACGUCCAGCGGACUUUUAGUCAGGGUGUGUAGGAACGGCUUCUUUCAAGACCCUACAGCGCCUGUUGAACACGGUCACUAUUGAAGAUAGUGAGCAGUUAUCAAUAGUUUUUUGAUAUUGUCUCGGGUCGAUUCAAAUAUGAUUGAGUGACCACAGGGCCUCUCCCUGUGACAGGGAAAGAGUCCUUAUUGGACAUGGAUUAAAUUGCUAUGCAAUUGAA